AUGACCGACAUUCAGAACUUCCAGACCUUUGACGCAUUUGCGGAUGCAAAAGACGAUUCUAGUAUCGGUGGCGGCAAGGUGCAUGUGCGUGUCCAGCAGCGCAACGGUCGCAAAUGUUUGACGACAGUACAGGGUCUAGCUGAUGACCUUGAUGUGAAGCGCAUAUUAAAGGCUUUUAAGAAAAACUUUAGUUGCAAUGGUGCCAUCGUGAAGGACGACGAGCUGGGCGAAAUUAUUCAGUUGUCUGGCGACCAGCGAACCAACACCCGCGAGUUUUUGCUCGAUCAAGAAAUUUGCUCCGACACUCAAGUGGUGUUGCACGGAUUUUAA